AUGGCAAUAUCGACCCUCCGAGCCUCCGCGGCCUGGCAGCUGGCCUUCCUGCCGCCUCUGCCACAACCGCCUGCUGCCUCUCCUGCUACUGCGGGUGGUGAUAGUGUGGGUAGUGCGGCUGCUGCUGCCUCGUCUCCUCAUGUAUCUGAUCCCUCGUUUGAUCUGCUGCUGGAGUGGUUUCUCUCACCCUACCAUGUGGAUGUCACCAUGCUGAAACGCCUCCAACCAGAUGUCAUACUCACGCAGCUGCAAGAAGAGCCCGAGGUGCUUUCUUUCGAGGAUGUUCAAAACGUGCUGUCUCACGUGCUCGGCUCUCAAGUCAAGAUCGUUCAUCUCGACCCUCCAUCCCUCGUCGAAGCGAUCAACGAUGUCCGUCGGAUCGGCGCCGCGCUAGGCCAAUCGCAGCGUGCCGAAUCCACGGCCAAGGACCUCAUGCAGCGAAUCCAGACCGUCCGUGGGAUGUGUGCGGGCAGACCGAGAAAAAAAGUCGUGUGCAUUCAAUGGCUCGAUCCGAUCUUCCUGGCGGGGGCAUGGGUCCCAGAUUUGAUCCGAUUGGCCGGCGGCACAGGGUCAGAAAGUUCCAGGAUGGUUCCUGAAGAGGAGCUACAGGAUUUGAUCAGAACCGCUGAUGCGGUGAUCUUUGCGGUGUGCGGCUGUGAUUUGCCGGCGUCCAUUGCUGCAGUGAAACGGGAGGCUGUGCAGAAAUGGAAAAUGUUUCAAGGAGGCAGGAGUAGUGGGGUGGAGGCGAGUGGGGAGGCAUACCGGCCUUUAACAGUGCCAUCACAACCAUCAUCAUCAUCAUCAGUCGCAGCAGCACCACCAGCAGCAGCAGGAGGUGCAAGAGCAGCACAUGGCCCAUCGCCGAACCUGCCCACCAUGGCUGUGGUGGAGGCGGCGAGGCUGUUCUCCAGGCCCAGGCCGAGCCUGGUGGAGUCCCUGGAGGUGCUAGCUGAGAUUCUCCACCCCGAGACCCAGAGGUUCGGGCACGGGCGUACCUGCUGGGCCGAGCUCCCCUAUCCUGCUUCCCUGUAA